AUGAAUGCAGCCCCUCCACCCUGGCGGGCUUCCGCUACGCCUCAGUAUCCAUCAAAUGCUACCCCUGCCUUCAUACCCGUCCAAGCACGCCGUAGUCUGGCGCCCCAAGCCCAACCUGUAGAAUCAAAACCAACAAAACCAGCGGUAGCGGCACCUGCUGGUUCUGCCGGCGAAAAGAAAAGGGUUGAGUGGCCCUCAGGAGUGCGUCAAUAUGUGCAGCGAAGUUUUGUACCAGAAUAUCAGAUUGCGGGUAUUACCCGAGAAGACAUGGAGAAAAAACUAAAACAGAUCAUCACCGACGCGGCAGAAAGCAACAACCUCAACAACGUCAACUGGGACGCGCUUCCGUUGCCCCAGGAAAUGAUUCGAGAUGAGCGAAAUAGAGGCACAGUGCAGCAUCAAUCUCUACCCCCCGAGAAAACAGUAGAUACUCACCCCGAACGCCAGCGAAUAGAGAAGCAUUCCCCGAAAAGAAAAUCAUCAGAGAUGUCCACGACAGAGGAAAACAUGGACAAUGUUCCACCCUGGCGAAGGAAAGCUAACAGUCGCACUGAAAUUGAUUAUCGUAUUAGUGCCCAAGCCCCCCCUACUGACAAACGGAGACGAACAGAUUUUCAUGAUAGUAAUAUUGCCACCAAAAAUUCAAGUAAGUUCAACAGUAUUUUGGAAAAUCGGAAACGGCGUUUCGAGGAUGCGAAUAGUGGCCCUCAAGGGAUGCACAACGUUCGGUCGCCAUACGAGCAAUCGCCGACAAGACAGGCAGAUGAGGGACCGAUCAUCGGGCGCUGUCAGAAUCUGGAAAAGAAUUACUUUCGACUUACUGCGCCACCAAAUCCAGACACAGUGCGACCACUACCCAUCUUGAAAAAGACGCUUGAUUUGCUAAAGAAGAAAUGGCGGGCAGAGAACAACUACAACUACGUUUGUGAUCAAUUUAAAUCCAUGCGGCAAGAUUUGACUGUUCAACACAUCAAGACGGAGUUCACAGUCAGCGUGUACGAGAUCCAUGCUCGAAUUGCGUUGGAGAAGGGGGACCUUGGUGAGUAUAACCAGUGCCAGACACAGUUGUUGGCACUGUAUGCCAAAAAUCUUGGAGGCCAUCCCAUGGAAUUCAAGGCGUAUCGUAUUCUUUAUUUCAUUUAUACCCGCAAUCGGACAGCCAUCAACAACGCGCUGGCGGAUCUCACCGCCGCAGAGGCGGCGGAUCCAGCCGUGAAGCAUGCGUUGGACGUGCGUUCGGCGCUUGCGCUGGGCAACUACCAUCGGUUUUUCCAGCUGUACCUUGAUACACCCAAUAUGGGAGCGUACCUGAUGGACAUGUUUGUUGACCGAGAACGAUUGCAUGCGCUCGCUCAUAUAUGUAAAGCGUAUAAACCUGACAUCAAUAUCAGAUUUGUUACUGAGGAGCUGGGGUUUGAGUCUGAUGAGCAGGCGGCCCGCUUCCUCCUGGACCACGUGCCCGAGGAGCUGCUUCAAGAGAAGCCAGAAGGCGUCAGACUUGUCACUGCAAAGGCACAGCCGUUCUUUGAAGCCGCCAAGGCUGAGAAGCACGGAGUGGUUGACCUCAAAGGGCAGAUCUAA